AUGGGGAAGAAGGAUAGACAGCGCAAGAAACUGCGUGAGUUUGCUAAAUUAAAGAACAGGCAGCGAAACUUGAGAAAGAGCGUGCAAAAUUUGAAGGACGAGGUUCAGCGGAAGGCUAAAGAACCAGAAAACUCGAAUCAAAUUGCACUAGGAAACGACGAAAUCGAAGAGAUCAACGAAAAUAGUCCAUUAUUAUCCGCUCCUAGUAGACAAGAGGAAACAAAAGUUUCAAAGAAGAUUGAUAUUGAUAUUAUUGAUGCACAUCCUCUUCACGAAGGGCCAAAAAACGAUGACUCGCCUCAAGUUGAAGUUAAUGGUAUCGAAGGAAAAUCUGCGGAUAAGACCGAUGAGGAGGAUAUUAAAUCCCCUUUACAGAAUGAACCAGGUAGAAAGUCAGCUUUACAAAGCUCUAUAAAAGAUUUUAGUGAUAGGUCAGUAUCCCCAUUGCAAAGCAUUACCAGCGGUGAUACUCCGAUGAGUGAGCUUGAGUUACCAGUAUCUUCUUCAAAUUCGCUUGAGAGAGCUGAUGACAUACCUGUAGUGCAGCCAGAGAGCCAGACGUUAACUAUUAAAUCUUUGCCCAUCGCGGCAUCACCUCCUGAAGUGCUAGUUAGUGGAGCUGAAAUGAGUUCAUAUGGAUACGGCUCUAUACCUGAGAGCAUUGAAGAUGUAGAGGACGGAGCAAAUCCCCCUUAUAUCGCUAAUACAUCAUCUGAUGAACUUGUACAUGAUUUGACAAGAAGGCGUAUAUUUUCAUCCUGUAUGUGUACUUAUUUAUUCUUUAUUGCAAUGGACAGUUCUAUAAUCCUAGUAAUUGUUUCCAAAAUUGCUUCUGAGUUCCAUGAAUUAUGGAGGUUAUCCUUAGUCAUCUCAGCAUACUUAUUGAGUAAUGCUAUUGGCCAACUGGUAUUUUUGAAACUAUCUUUGAUAUCCAGUGUAAAAUUGUUGUUGUGUAUAGCUCAAUUCAGUUUUAUCCUCGGCAGCUAUCUAUCUUGGGAUUCUAUCCAUUUCUGGACGUUUAUCUUCGCCCGUUGCGUCACAGGAUUCGGGGGCGGUUCCUUAAUAGCGCUUAAGAGCACUAUUAUGAAUAGGUUUUCCAAAAAGAACGACAAUCGGUACUCGUUGAGUGCAUCUAUGAUAACAUUUUCUCUGGGUGUGGCAAUUGGGCCCUUUGUGGUGAGCUUGUUUGAUUCGUCUCACGGUAGUGGAUGGAAAAAUGCCUUCUUAAUACCCGUCCCCUUUUGCCUUGUGAAUGCUUCAAUUAUGCUGGCAGAUAUGUAUUCUGUCAAAAAUACUUUACAUCAUGGAAGUCCAAGACCUACACUAUGGAAAAGAUUCAAGAAAACUAUAUCAAGUCCUGAUUUAUACGAAAUAUUGACGCUUGCGCUAUUCCUACUUUGCUUCGUUCAAGUGACUUCGCUGGAUUUAACAAGUUUAGAACAUAGUACGGUGAUUCAAGUGGUACUAUUUUCUGUAAUAAUCGUCUGUGGCAUUUUAUUCCUCUUAAUAGAGACGAGUGAUACGUACAUGAACUCUGUCAUUUCAAUGUCCUUACAAGGUGACAAGCAUUUAAUAUGGACAAUGAUGGGAAUUUCGUUUUGCUUUGCAGCAUUGAUGUGCAUCAUCCCAUUCGGUACAACAUACUUCAUUAUUGUUUUGAACUUGAACACUUUACAACUUGCAGAAAGAUUACUCCCAUUCUUUUUUUCCAUUGUAGUGGGUUAUUUUAGUGUUUGUUAUUUUUGGAAGUCGAAAAGGCAGAACUAUUUGCUUAAAUUUGUCUUAAGCGGAGUUACUCUGAUACUAUAUGUAGCGCUUAUGGGGGUAGGUUUGAGUUUACCAGUAUGGAAGCAAUACAUAUGUUUAUCUCUUCCAUUUUUGGGUUCCUCUAUGAUAUUGACCUUACUGUCAAAUCUUUAUCAUGAGUACCAUGAACAAAGGAAAUCACCCAUCAGUGGCUCUAUCGUAUAUUGCUUCGGUGCCGUAGGGGGGACAGUUGGCGUUUCCCUGGGUGGUUAUGUUUUCCACAAGACAUUAAUAAAAAUUAUGCAUGAGGAGGUGAUGAAGUUUAGCAAGCAAGGUUAUCUAAAAAAGGACCUUUUGAAAAUCAUCAAGCAUGCUACGCGAUCUUCAGAUUGGGCACAUGAAUCAGCGCCAAAGUUCAUUUUUCAAACUUUGAUUGAGUGUUACUUACAAGCAUGUCGGAAUGUAUUUAAACUCUCUGCCCUUUUUUUUACGAUUACGGUCGUAACAAUAUUCAUCUUCAACAGAAUUCAUUGA